AUGCUGCGGCUGCUGGAGAAGCUCCCGCCGGGACGGGCUCUCGAGUUCCUUCAUAAAAUAGUUGAUGGCAUAUGUGGCCGUGCGUAUCCUCGAUACCAGGAUUAUGGCAGUAUUUGGAGCUUGUCGGAGUGGAUGGAGGUUUUAGAAGAAACGAUGAUGUAUUUCAAAACUGCAGUUGGCAAAAACAUAUCUGAUGAAGAGGCUGCUCAGCAGAUAAAUGAGUUAAAUUCAAACUAUCAAGAAGCAAUCACAAAAUGUCUAAAAGGCAGAAAGGAAGAAAUCAGGAAUGCGCUAGUGGAAAGAGUAAAUGCAAUCUCUUCUGCCCAGCUGCAGGAUUUUGACUGGCAGUUAAAGCUUGCUCUCUCCAGUGAUAAGAUCUCCAUGCUGCAAAUGCCACUUCUCAAUCUUGAUUUGGAUGUGAGAGAAAAUGGUGAAAUUAAACCAAUUUCUAUAGAGAUGAAUAAGGAAGAGUUGCAGAACCUAAUAAAUGCACUGGAAGCUGCUAAUAAGGUUGUCUUGCAACUGAAAUGAUGGAAUUCAGAUCAUCGAGAGUAUCUGCUGGCGAUGGCUUCCCAGUUGACUUGCGGGGUGUGGGGGGGGAAGAAAUGUUCUCUGCAAAGCCAAAAGUUGUUGAUGCUGUAAAAUGCUGAGGUGAGAAGGCCAUUGUGACUUGUGACCAAAUAAACUAUGAACCCUUUGAUGAAAAUAAUAUGAUCUUGUAUGUUUGACCAAAAAUACAAAAAUCCAAUGUGCAGUUGCCUUUAGUACUAAAGACUUAUGGAACUAUGGAAAAGCAUCAUUUAUGACGUGUGCCAUAUUUAUUUUGGUUAAACUUCGGCAGUGACUGCACAAGUGCCUAGUAAAACUAAAGCGUCUUGCUUGCAUAAUAUGUUAUCCUUAUCUAAGAUGCCAUGAUAAUGAAGAACAUGACGGAGUACUUGUAGCAUUAAUGUAUUUAUACUUGUAAAUAGUAAAUAAACACUUGAUUUUGUGCAUGAAUUAUUACA